CCUCCUCCACCUCCCCUCCUCUUCCCUCCUUUCCAGGAUGUGAAGACGAAGGGAACAGGAUGACACAGUGUCAUGGGAUUCCAUCUAGGCACAGAUGGAGGGUUGUCAGCCUGGACGCUGAGUCUUAUGCAAAUAGAACAUUUGCCAUAGUUUGCAUUGACAUAACCACGGCGAUCACGGCACUCAAUACACCCAGGACAGGUGUGCGGCCGAGAGGAGCACAGGCAGCAAGUGGCCAAUCCUGAACAGUCACUGUUUCAGCCACCAAGAUCUUGCACACACACUCACAUACAGCAUGCCACACAAGCAAGCACACAGUUCAAUUCACUGUCCGAGCCACCAAGAACCAGCACACUUACCUGGCCAUCAGCCCCAUCUUCUUAAUGCAGUAAAUAAUGACCUCAUGAGUGAUAAGGCCCUGGCUGUUGACCGGCUGUGCAUGCUGACUGAGAAGUCUGCACUGAUAUGGCCAGAUAUGGGGCAGAUUACACCUGGGGCAUUCCUUACUACGCAUUAGGUGACCUGUAAUAUGCAGUAGCCCAGUACAGUCAUCAUCUUACACACAAUACCUCUACACUGUCUAUAUCAUAGGCUAAGACAACAGCAACUUUGCAAAUAAUCCUAAGGAUUUGGGCGGUACACAUGUCCACGUAUGGACACAUUUAUUUGAGUACGCAAAGUGAAAGUGGACACUGUCAACCAUGAGAAAGAGACAUCUGUUGGCCUGUUUUCUCCUCUUUGCGUAGUAAUCGAGUGACAGCUUUACAAAACGUAAGGUCCAACAAAACAAAUCAUGGAUUCCACUCAGAUGUGGGAUUUCUGUGUCUGACAACAGCUGGCUAUCUGUACCACCUGUGUGUCCUUGAAAAAUACCUGGGCACAACGAUAAGGUAUCAGACAGAUCAGCCAUAUGUCAGCCAAGAGGGAAAUGAUGGGGAAAAAUACUUCAGAGAACUUUGGUUUCUAGUCUACUUAAUGAGUGAAAACAGUGCGCAUGUGGCCUACGAGAAGAACCACACCAGGUUACUCUUGCAGUGUAAAGGCACAUAGCCUUCUGAAUAAUAAGCCUACAUGGUUUAAAUAACAAUAGCAUGAGCCUCAAACAGGGCGCAAUCACAAUCACAGUAUUGCCUAUUGUGCAGACACUAUGAUGUUAAGUUGAAAAAUAACUCAUCGCACAAGGCCAGAGAGAAGACAUCUAGUUAAGUUGGAUGCCAUGCCAGCGGCUCAUAGGCUAAUAUAACGUUACUGUAACUUCCCAUUGUGGGCUAUUGGGCACACAUGGGGGCACAACUGUCAUCCAUUAAGCAAUGGCUUAAAGGCAACACGGGAACACCAUGGCACCCAUGACCAUGGUUAAAGUUCUAAAAUGCAAAGUUCAUCCAGUGCUCAUGAAUUCCACAUUUCACACAUGACACUUUAGUCUCCAACUUCGCCCGUGAAAUCGAUAGACCCACGAUCAAUAAAUUAUUAAGGUGCAAAUUUGAAAAGGCAACACAUUGUCGUAGCGUAGACUAUGUCUCUCGCUGCACCAAGGGUUUGUUUCUAUUUAAUGCAGGGUUGUGAAUACAUACCAAAAGUCUCUCACCUGUCCGGUGGAAUUCAGUCGUCAAACCUCUCUCCCGAACUGGUGUGUUCAUGCGUCUGGUCAACUCAUUCCACUAGAUGGCAAUAAUACAGUUUCUGAAUAUGAAUUACCGUAAAAACCCGUGUAUGAUUUAUUUUAAAAAUGAUAAACUGUCCAACAAUUGUAUGAGACAUGUUAUUCUCUCAUAAUUGAACAUAGUUGAACUUAUAUGAUUAAAUGUGCAUUUUUGUUUCUUGUCAAAUUCGCCAUCUAUCUUCAGCGCGAGCAUGUGUUAGUGCAAGGUUUUUCUGACCUUUACGGUAAAAGCCAUCUGGUUGAGUUGCUAUGGGAUACAUAGGAAGAGUCCUCCCCUGGAAGCGUGGAGUUGUUGUCAGCGGGCUGCACUGGGAUAUUUGUUCUUCUUUGUUGCCGAGCAUAUGAUUUGGACAAGGUUUUGAAAGUGUGACUACCGGGGUUUGGUAGUUUGAAAUCUGUAAGAAGACAGACAGACGAUUUAACACGACACCAGUGGGGAUAUGUGUGUAUUCAAACAUCCAGUGAUGUACAAGUUCUGGAAAUUGGCUAUUUUAUGAACUCAUCCAUCAGCAUGGGCAAGAGGCAGGCGGAAUACUGAAACAUGAUAUGGACUUGCACCAACUUUGAAGUCUAAGACCACGUUGAACUUGACCAAGUUGUCCAUCCAUCACUUGGCUUUGGGUUUCAGUGACACGCUUUGUGACGACUCCUUUUUCUUUAUCUCAAGGAUUGUUUCCUGAAACUGCAUAUGAGGAGAUGUUUUACUAGUUUUAGCCUGGAAAAGGUGCAACAUCACUUGGGAUUUCGACGGCAUGUAGCCCUUCAGGGCAGCAGCUACCACUGACCGCACUGGACAGCUCUGGAAGACGAUAGCCCUAGGGAGGCUGAGUCAGGCUCUGUAGCCCCAACCAGUGCAGCCUUGGGUGGGCCGGAGGGCCCAGCACCACCCCUGAGAUGCUCCAGACCAACAACUACUCGCUGGUGCUGCUGAUCCAGCUGGCCCUGCUGACCUAUGACCUGUUCGUGAACUCCUUCAGCGAGCUGCUGAGAUCCGCGCCUGUCGUCCAGCUCGUGCUCUUCAUUAUUCAGGACAUUUCCAUCCUGUUUAACGUGAUCAUCAUCCUGUUGAUGAUGUUCAACACGUACGUGUUCCAGGUGGGGCUGGUGUCUCUGCUGCUGGAGCGCUUCAGAGCGCUGCUCAUGCUGUCUGCUCUCUACCUCACGCUCAGCAUAUGCCUCCACUGCUGGAUGAUGAACCUCAGGUGGAUGGAGUCCAAUCGCUUUGUGUGGACGGAUGGCCUCCAAGUCCUCUUUGUCUUCCAGCGAAUCGCUGCAGUGCUGUACUACUACUUCUACAAGCGCACCACCGAGUACCUGGGGGACCCACGGCUAUACGAAGACUCGCCCUGGCUGCGUGACGCCUUCGCACGCGCCCGCCAGUGAGCCCAGCUGUGGCCAGCACAGUCCAGCACGCACGCACGCACCACCACACGCAGACAUAUAACACGGAGGGACUCUGACUCUCCAGAGCCAAGAUGGCGGACAUGAUGAGGAAGAGGGACUUGGAUGCUGCAGUGUUACAGAGCCAAGAUGGACGACAUGGGGAGAAGAGGGACUCGUAUGCUGCAGAGCCAUGAUGGCGGACAUGGAGAGGAGAGGGACUCAGAUGCUGCAGUGUCACAGAGCCAAAAUGGAGAACAUGGACACCUGAAGAAGAGGGCAGACAAUGCAGCUAUGUGGAACCCUUCCAGAAGGAAGUUAGGAGUCAGCUCAGCUCCAGGUCCCAGUGGGGAUGCUGGAAUGUUAGGAGUCACCACAGAGAUGACGGAGGAAGCUUCCUGUUGAGGUUUGGGAAUUGUAGUCCAAAAGUAGUGCAAAAGAGAUUGAACUGAAGCCCAGAUGAGGAGCACUGUGUGGCUCUGCACUCAACACUGCAACAUAGUAGACAUCACUGCUCAACCAUGAACUAUUAUAGGACUGAUAAUCUAGCUUUUACUCACUUGCAGUCUACUUAUAAUAUGUUGGCACAUUCAUCACUAAGAGACAGAAGCUUGUAAAUCAAGAACAUUCUUUCUAUGGACACAAGCAGAUUUGUCUUUUGUGUUAUUGUCUUUGUCUGAUCUGAAGAACGUUAUAGUGGACGGAUUCUGUUGCCUAUGAAUGUUACUGAUUAGUAGAGGGUAUGGUACCUUUUUUAAGAUGGUGUUUUGCAUAAAAGUGCAAGCCACUGAAACGGCUAGAUUAGAGGACAUGCUUCCGCUGGGAUGGGUGAUGCACAGGUCAAGUGAGACCAGGUGGAAGCACAUAGAUUUGUGUUUAUUGUUUUUUUUAUGACACUUUUUUUUACUUUCAUUUUAAUCCGUAGUAGUUCACUCCGGCAUAUUAUAAUUUUUUAUAUAUAUUCCCAUGGAAAACUAACACAGCUCCUACUAGGAGCAAGACUGAUGUGUCAUCUGCCUCACGGUCAUUAGUCACCCAGAAAUCAUCUCGACAGCAUUCGGCCCGCAGCCAGGAUUUACUCAAAGUGCCUCAGCUGACUGCCACUGGCUCAGUUCGUACAACACUACUCAGGGAAGAGUGUUCAGUGCUGCCGUUGUGCACAGGAAAACACAUAGCCGCAUGCUUGGCCUCCAGGCAGGCUUGCAGGGCAGAACUCUAGGAGGUAAACUCAGAGAACAAAAUAACUCGGUAAAGGUGCGCACAUCAGUCCUGCUCUUGAGUGGGUGUAGGUGUGCACG